GAGAGAGGAGUUGAGAGAAAGAGAGAGGAAAGAGAGGAGAGUUGAGUGAGAGUGUGUGAGUGGGAGAGUGGGAGAGAGAGAGAGUGAGAGAGAGAGAGAGAGAGACAGAGAGAGAGGGGAGGAGAGCUCCGUCUCUCCCGGUGCACUUGGCAGUCUAGUUGCGGGCUGCUGUGCUGUUGCUGUCGUGGCGUGGCUGGUUGCGCCAGGCGGGGAACUUCACCACACUGGAGCCCGGAGUCCCACUCUCUCACCUGCGCAGUUCGGAGCUGCCAUGGGUCUCUCGCCUGGAUUUACUGUCCUAAUAAUUCUACCGGCCUUUCUGCUGCACACCAGCGGCCUUUACAUCGCCAGUAGCGUUGACUCCCUGCAGCAUGUCCUGGGGGAGUAUGGACUGGUAAGGCCGAUCAGUGUGGAUGCAGAGGGCCGCUUCCUGUCACACACUGUCUCGGCCGUCCGCAUGGCAGGAGGGCAGUCCCGUAGGCGCCGGAGGAGGGAGGUAGGAGAAGGCAAUGAUGAGUGGGAAGAACCAAGAGGAGUCGAGGAUGGCCAAGAGCCUGUGGCCCGUCAGGAAAGACUUUACUACAACGUCACCGUCUUCGGCCGGGAGUUCCACCUGCGCCUGCAUCACAAUGCCAGGCUGGUGGCCCCCGGAGCCAAGAUGGAGUGGCGUGAUGACAGCGACAGCACUCGGCACUCUGAGCCACUGCACGAUGAAUGCCUGUACGUGGGUGACAUCACAGACACGCCAGGAGCCACUGUGGCUAUCAGCAACUGUGACGGCCUGGCUGGCAUGAUCAGGACGGAGCAAGAGGAGUUUUUUAUCGAGCCGGUGGAGAGGGGCGAUGGAGUGAUAGAAGAGGAGGAGGAGGAGGGAGGAGGAGGAAGGACACACAUCGUCUAUCGCUCUUCAGCCGUAAAGAAGGCGCCCAUCAGCAGCACGGCGGCAGACUACCACUCCAGAGGUGCUGAUCUCGGCGGUCUGAUGGACCUGGAGUCUCUGUACCGCGGUGUGGAGCAGAGUAUCAACCACACUCGAGCGGGGCGAACGCGCCGACAGAGCCUGGACAGGGCCUACAACAUCGAGGUGCUGCUGGGCGUCGACGACUCCGUGGUCCAGUUUCAUGGGAAGGAGCACGUCCAAAAGUACCUGCUCACACUCAUGAACAUUGUGAAUGAGAUCUACCAUGACCAGUCUUUGGGAGCAAAGAUCAAUGUGGUGCUGGUGCGGAUUAUCAUGCUGGGCUACGGCAAGUCCAUGAGUCUGAUUGAACUGGGGAACCCAUCCCAGAGUCUGGAGAAUGUGUGUCGCUGGGCCUUCCUGCAGCAGAAGCAGGACACAGGGGACGCUGAGUAUCAUGACCACGCCAUCUUCCUCACACGACAGGAAUUUGGCCCCACGGGCAUGCAGGGUUACGCCCCAGUGACAGGCAUGUGCCAUCCGGUGAGGAGCUGCACUUUGAACCACGAGGACGGUUUCUCCUCUGCCUUUGUGGUGGCACACGAGACCGGACACGUGCUGGGGAUGGAGCACGACGGCCAGGGGAACCGCUGUGGAGAUGAGGUGCACAUGGGCAGCAUCAUGGCUCCGCUGGUGCAAGCUGCCUUCCACCGCUUUCACUGGUCCAGGUGUAGCAUGCAAGAGCUGGGACGCUACCUUCAUUCCUAUGACUGUCUCCGUGACGACCCCUUUGACCACAACUGGCCGUCUCUGCCUCAGCUCCCCGGUUUGCACUACUCCAUGAAUGAACAGUGUCGCUUUGACUUCGGUGUGGGCUACACGAUGUGCACCGCGCUACAAAAGGCGGGCCAGGCAGGAACGCAGUAUCGCACAUUUGACCCUUGUAAGCAGCUGUGGUGUAGCCACCCAGACAAUCCCUUCUUCUGCAAGACCAAGAAAGGGCCGCCCAUUGAUGGCACCAUGUGUGGCAAUGGGAAGCAUUGCUUUAAAGGUCACUGCAUCUGGUUGACCCCUGACAUCAUAAAGCAAGAUGGAAACUGGGGUUCAUGGAGUGAGUUUGGCCAGUGCUCCCGCACCUGUGGUGGAGGAGUACAGUUUCGCACACGCGACUGUGACAAUCCAAGACCAGCCAACGGGGGCCGCACCUGUGUGGGGGCAACCUAUCAGUUCCAGAUGUGCAACACCAAUGAAUGCGAGGAUAUCUACAGUGACCCGCGAGAGGAGCAAUGCCACGCUUGGGACCCUCGCUUUGAACUCCACAGCAACAAGCACUGGCUGCCUUAUGAACACCCAGACCCUAACAAACGCUGCCACCUUCAUUGCCAAUCCAAGGAGUCACGAGAUGUGGUGUUCAUGCAGAGAAUGGUCCUGGACGGCACACGCUGCUCAUACAAGGACCUACACAGUGUGUGUGUGCGCGGAGAGUGCGAGAAAGUGGGCUGUGACGGUGCGGUAGGCUCCUCAAAGCAGGAGGACAAGUGUGGAGUGUGUGGAGGUGACAACUCCAGCUGCAAAACCUUCAAAGACACUAUCACACGCACAGCCAAGAAACAAGGUUUCCUCAAAGUUCUUGAAAUCCCCAGAGGAGCAAGACACCUACUGAUCCAAGAGCUCAAAGCAACUUCACAUACUUUAGCUGUCAAGAAUGUGGCAUCAGGACUGUUUUUCUUGAACGGGGAAAACGAAUACCCAGAAUCCCAGUCCGUCAUAGAAAAGGGCGUGGAGUGGGAAUAUGAGAACGACAAUGACAAGGAGACCCUUCAGACCACUGGCCCUCUCAGACAUGGAAUUCUUAUCAUGAUGAAAUUAUAUGGAGAUGAGGACGUCAAUUUGUCUUAUAAGUACAUGAUGAACAUGGACAGUGACUCUGCCAUUCAGAACAACAUACUGGUAGAAGACAGUGCCUAUGAGUGGGCCCCAAAGAGAUGGUCCUACUGCUCCAAACCCUGUGGUGGAGGGAAGCAGUAUCAACGAUACGGUUGCAGAAGAAAAGUUGACAGUAAAAUGGUCCACAAGAGCUUCUGUAACAAGUCCAAUAUGAAACCUAGAGGAGACACCAGAGACUGCAACCAGAAGCCCUGCCCUCCACCCAUCUGGGUGACAGGGGAGUGGCAGAACUGCAGCAAACCAUGUGGAAAGACGGGCAUGCAAAUACGCUCAGUCAGCUGUGUCCAGCCGUCAGAUGACAACACCACACGCUCCAUCCACAAUAAACACUGCAACGACGACCGGCCCGAGGCCCGCAGACCCUGCAACAGACACCCCUGCCCCACCCAGUGGAGAGUCGGACCGUGGUCACAGUGCUCAGUGACAUGUGGUAAUGGGACCCAGCAGAGGCAGGCUCUGUGCCACACCAGGGACAACACCAUCGGCCUGUGUCUCGACAGUAAGCCCGACACCAUCAGAGUCUGUCGCUUGGAUCCAUGUCCCAAAGGCUCAUCAGACCUCCUCAACAAGAACGGCAACAUCCUGAUCCAGUGGCUGUCUCGCCCCAACCCCAACUUCCCGAAGAUCUCCUCACGCCAGCGUUGUCAUGGAGACCGCUCCGUGUUCUGUCGUAUGGAGAUGCUGAAACGAUACUGCUCUCUACCGGACUUUCAGCGCAUGUGCUGCAAGUCCUGCAGCAAUGUCACCAUCGCAGAGCCUCCACCCAACUCCAGCUCCACCUCCAGAUCCACCCCCAUCACCUCUAUCCAACCCCGUGUCACAGCUCCUCCCCCCACCGGCACCCUCAGCUCUGGCUUCACCAACAUCCAACCCACCAAACCUGUCAUCACCACCAUUUCAACUUCUACCACCAGUCCCUGGACCAUCACUCAUCCUCCUACCUUCACCACUCCUCUCCCUCAUUCCACCCCAUCCUCAUUCAGCAACACAGACUUCAUCACAAGUCAUCUAUCAUCUGCCACUAGUGCUCCUUCCCUCCCCACCACCUCUUCCAUGGCAACCACCUCAGUUAUUACUACCUCUCUCAGUAUUACUGCUCAUCCCCUGCCUCUGCCUGUCCCAGACAUAGAGGAGAGCACAGAUCCACAGUUAAAGAGCACUACAAAUAGCCUAACCACAUCUGGUAUGAUAACUACAAUAGACCUUACGUCAGUCAUUAGUCCAACAGUCACAAAUCCAACAGAAUGUAACACAAAAACAGACACCCUGCUGAAAUCCAAGCCCAAAAAGAAUAUUCCUCCAAAGAAAAACCCCAAGAAGGUGAUUCCACCAAAGAUCAAUCCAAAAAAGAAUACUGCACUGAAAAACACCACAAGAAAAGAUGUUCCACCAAAGAUCAGUCCCAUAAAGAAAACAAAUGGUACUCCAAAAAAGAAUACUUCUGUCAACAGCAAUCCCAAAAAUGAUAGACCAGAAAAAACAGCUCCCAAAAGGACUACUCCAGCAAAGUCUACACCCAAGAAGACUACUCCAGCAAAGAGUACACCCAAGAAGACUACCCCAGUAAAAACAACUCCCAAAAAGACUACUCCAGUAAAAACAACUCCCAAAAAGACUACUCCAGUAAAAACAACUCCCAAAAAGACUACUCCAGUGAAGCCUACUCCUGAGAAAAAACCCAAACCAACGCCCAAAAAGGUGGUUCCACCAAAGGCCAGUCCCAAAACAAACAUACAGCCAAAGACAAAAACGUUAAAACAAACUCAAACCAAGACAAACCAUAAAAAGAACCCAAAAACAGGACCCAAAAUUGCCACAGCCUCACAAGCCAAGGUUAAUCAGAAUAAGGGCACAGCGAAAAAGACAAAUCCAAAACAGAAAGCACUUGAAACGUCAUCUUAUUACAGCACAGCUCCCUCUCCCUACACAAGCCCAGAACCAUCAAGAGACUACUUUUCCUCCACUGUUUCCUCUAGCACUAGUUUAUAUGAUCCAUCGCCUUUCCCUGGGUCAAGAGUCAAUGUUACAUUCAUCAGUAACAACACAGCAGCUACAGAUGAAACUCCACUGUGGCACCAUGACAGUAUGGACAAUGGAGCUGUAACACCCAGUACUUUAGAUGAUUUCGUUACACCUGCUGGUACCAGCAAUUUUGAUGAUGUCACGAUGCCCAGUGGAAUUAUUCCGUAUGGUGAUAUCACCAUGACGAGCAGCGGUGAUGUCACAGUAACCAGCGGGACCAUUCUCAGUGGUGAUGACAUCACCGUGUCCUACGGCGAUGUGGGUGUGGUCAGUGACACCAUGGUGCUGGACGAUGGCCUAACCAUGGUGAUCCCGACCAUCAACAGCGAGGACAUGACAGAUCUCGCCUCCACGCCCUGGCUGGACAUUUCUGAGUACAUCCCUGUGAGUGUUCCCACGACUACCUCGGAGUCCAUCACCGCCUCACCUCCCACCACCAUCGCUCCGACAACAGAAAAACCAGCCAUCACGACCACCACGGGUUCUACUAUAAGACCUCAGGGGAGAGCAGAGGAGAAUAGCGAGAACAACUCCAUCGACAUCUCAUACAACAGGAUCAUCGGCGUAGACAACGAAAUCUCUCAAAACAAUCUGAUCCCAAAGCGCCGGGUCAACCUCCGAGAAAGAACCAGGAACAAACGCAUUCAGGAGCUUCUGGAGGAGAAGAGGAACUUUCUCCUCAGGAUGAAGAGAGGCCACAGAGCACGAUAGACCAAGCCUUCUCAUUUCUCUUAUAGAGAUGAACAUUUUCUUUACAGACUUUUGUAAGCAUUGUUUAAACCCCUCUGUGAACUGCCAUGAUGCUUUCUAUCAGGCCUCUCCACAAAAACGAAAAUCUCUGUCAUAUUACUAUCAUGACAAUCAGGACUGCAGCAGAGAGAGAAUAUCAUGGUCAAAUGUUUGAACAGUUGCUUUGAAUAAAGAAAAGCCCUUUAGAGUACAGACUGUUGCAGAUUUGAAGCAAAUCGCCUUUCCUGUGUAAACACAAUAAUGAGAAACAGAAGGGAUGAAAAGUGUACAUCCAGUUUGACCAGCACUUUACAAAGCCAAGCUUUUAUCCCUAUAAACCACCCACAGUCUUGUUUGAGGAUUCACCGAAUGGAUGAUGUAGAUAAGAUGUAAUGUAGUUUGUAAAAUGGUAUUAUCCGUACUGGCACUUAUGGAGAAACAAAAUCUACAACCUACAAUCCAAAUCUCCAUCCAAUAUUAUAUUACUGCCCAUGACUGCAGCUCAUUUCCCCCAAACAGAUAUGAAUACCUCUCAGCUACCUGAUAACAGCUACUGUAGCACAUGAUGAAAAUGUUUCCUUGUUUAGUGGCCAGCACUCUGAAUACCCUACACACAUAAACACACACACACACUGACAAUUGGAGCCUUUGGAGGCCUGAGAGCAAUAGUGGUAAUGCCAAACUAUCAGAAAGUCAAAGUUUCCUUUUGGUUUGAUUUCAUUGUGUCAAGUUUAUACUGCUUGGAUCGUGUUGCCUUUUCCAAAGCAAACGGGGUCUUUCAUCUCUCAGGAAGUUAAGAUACAGUGAAGAAGUCUGGUGAGGGACAUUGCUGAACACUUGGUGCUUCUUGGAUUUUGAUGAUAUAUUUUGAUAUCUCAUGAAGCUAGUUGUAAAAAUACAAACUCAUUGAAGACAGAAAAAAUAUUUUGAUUGCAUUUUUUGUGUUUUUGUUUUUUUAACAGUCAAGUGGUGCUUUUUUUGUCAGAAAAAAAAAGAAUACAAAAAAAUAUAAUAAACCUGUUUGUAUUAACUGUAUCCACAUAGAAGCUUUGAGGGCCAGUAUAUUUUCUUUUCUAAAAGUUUUAUUAUUGGUACAUCUCUAACUUGCAGCAACUGCAAAAGCACCUAUGGAUCUUUCUGUACGAUAUCUGUACAUAUGAAAAAGAACUUAAUUUUUAAUAUUUAUUAAAGUUUAAGCACCUGUGGAAUUU